GGCCUCCUGCGCUGGGCCGGCGAUCCCGUCCGUCUUCCUGGGCCGGCCGCGGGGCCAGGGCGGAGGGACGGUGCGGCGGAGCGCUGGGGCCAUGCCUGCGUCCCCGGGGGGCUGCGACCCCGUCGGCCCGCUCCCCCGAUCGUGGCCCUACCGGCCCCCCGCGCCCCGCUGGGGGUCCUCCGGAGGGCGGUGACCGGCGGCUCCUGGCAGCCCGGGACCCCCCAGCGCAAUCGGAGAGUCCAAGAUGGCUGAUGACAUGCAGAGGAAGAGAAGCGGUGAAUGCCCGGAUGGCACGUUGGCUCCUUCUGAUGGGCAGAGUGUGGAGAGAGCUGAGAGCCCCACACCAGGACUGGCCCAGGGAAUGGAGCCAGGUGCUGGGCAGGAGGGCGCCAUGUUUGUCCAUGCCCGUUCCUAUGAGGACCUGACUGAAUCAGAGGAUGGGGCGGCCUCUGGGGACAGCCCCCAGCAGGGUGCUGGGGUUCCCUCACCCCUGCCUGCGGACAUGCGUCAGAUCAGCCAGGACUUCAGUGAGCUGAGCACCCAGCUGACAGGGGUGGCGCGAGAUGUGCAGGAGGAGAUGCUGCCCGGAAGCUCUGAGGACUGGCAGGAGCCUCCCAGGGCAGCUGGGAGACCAGCCACCGAGCCCCCCAGGGAAGGCACAGGUGAGGAGGAGGAGGAGGCCACCGAAGCCUGGCGCCAGCACCAAAAGCACGUAUUUGUGCUGAGCGAGGCCGGAAAACCUGUGUACUCCCGCUACGGAUCCGAGGAAGCCCUGUCCAGCACCAUGGGGGUCAUGGUGGCGCUGGUGUCCUUCCUGGAGGCAGACAAGAACGCCAUCCGCUCCAUUCAUGCAGACGGCUACAAGGUGGUGUUCGUGCGCCGCAGCCCGCUGGUGCUGGUGGCCGUGGCCGCACGCGCCAAGUCGGCGCCGGAGCUGGCGCAGGAGCUGCUGUACAUCUACUACCAGAUUCGUGCCUGCUGACGGGGCGCGCAGCUGAGCCACAUCUUCCAGCAGAAGCAGAUAGACCUGCGGCGCCUGCUGUCGGGCUCGGAGCGCAUCACCGCACUGCUGCAGCGGCUGGCGCGCGACCCCAGCUUCCUGAUGGGCGCGGCCCGCUGCCUGCCGCUGGCCGCCGCCGCGCGCGACGCCGUGAGCGCCAGCCUGCAGCAGGCGCCGCGCAGCCUGGUAUUCUCCAUCCUGCUGGCGCGCAACCAGCUGGUGGCCCUGGUGCGGCGCAAGGACCAGUUCCUGCACCCGGUCGACCUGCACCUGCUGCUCAACCUCAUCGGCUCGUCGUCCUCCUUCCGCGAGGGCGAGGCCUGGACGCCCGUGUGCCUGCCCAAGUUCAACGCGGCCGGCUUCUUCCACGCGCACAUCUCCUACCUGGAGCCCGACGCCGACCUCUGCCUGCUGCUCGUGUCCACCGACCGCGAGGACUUCUUCGCCGUGUCCGACUGCCGCCGCCGCUUCCAGGAGCGGCUGCGCAAGCGGGGCGCCCACCUGGCCCUGCGCGAGGCCCUGCGCGCGCCGCACUACAGCGUGGCCCAGGUGGGCAUCCCCGACCUCCGCCACUUCCUCUACAAGUCCAAGAGCUCGGGGCUCUUCACCAGCCCUGAGAUCGAGGCACCCUAUACUAGUGAUGAGGAGCAGGAGCGGUUGCUGGGGCUUUACCAGUACCUGCACAGCCGCGCCCACAGCUCCCGCCCACUCAAGACCAUCUACUACACGGGCCCAAAUGAGAACCUCUUAGCCUGGGUGACAGGUGCCUUUGAGCUCUACAUGUGCUACAGCCCCCUGGGGACCAAGGCGUCCGCUGUCAAUGCCAUUCAUAAGUUGAUGCGCUGGAUCCGCAAAGAAGAAGACCGCCUUUUCAUCCUCACACCCCUUACCUACUGAGGAGAACGCAGGUGGACCCGCAGCCCUCCUCGGCCCGCUGGGCCAUAUCUAGAAACCAUGGGAGCCUCCGGGUGAGGCAGCCUUUCUUGUCCAGCUAAGGGACUGUGGGUCAGUGAGUGCAUUAAAGUACUC